AUGGUGCGGAGAUUGUAAAACUGUGUGCGUUUGUACGUGCGGAUGGAUCGAUAGUACACGCGGCCUCUUUACUGAAAACGGUGUAAACUCUACUCGCCGAUGCCAAUAGCGUACGCACGUCGUACACGAAAACACCUUCCGGUACACAUUCAACACCGUACUGCAACAGUGGCAUGUUUUAAAAUGUUAAUUGAAAAUGUUUUUAAAAACGAGACAUUGCUUGUAUUCCGCUCCUUGGUUUCAACCCUUGAUUUACCGCGCGUGAAUGAAUAGUUCGUGAAGAGAUAGCAUGAAUUAAAAAGGAAACUAAAUUGGGCGGUUCUCGAGUUUCUUCAUCUUCAUCUUAUUCUUGUUCACCUCGUUCUUCGUUUUCUCGAUCGUCUGACUCUGCGGUUCGGUUGAGGUAAUAAGAAGAAGAAAAAAAAAUUUACGUCAAGAGAAAAAAAAACAAUUUCCGUUGAAUCUGAUGAUUUUAAUAAACCGAGGAAUAAAGUACGUGUCUGAAGGGGGUGAGAAAAAUAUCAUUUGUUGAGAAGGUUAUGGAGCGACUCGGUGCCGACGACUUAUCGAGCGUUUUUGAGGGGCGACGGCGUCUACCGGAGUCGCUGUUACUUCGGUCAUCGGAACUGCGGGAGGCUUUUAAAUUUGAUAUUAUUUUCGUCGUGUCCGUGAAAGAAUGCGAAUAUUCACGUAAAUGUUGAGAAAAAGAAAAAAAGAUAAAUUUAAUACAAAAUGGCUGCUACAUCGUGGGGGAUGAUGACCCCGAAGAGUGGAGGACGAUGCUCUUCGAAUAUGGGUGCCAUCAUUUUUAUCAUCCUACAUAUAUUAUGCACAAUACUUUUUCUACUACCAUCCCACGCCGUCGCAGAAAAGAGCAAAGAAUACAAGAUGAUCCACGUGUGCAAAAAUCAUUUCCUGCAACAGUUGUACCGUAAAAUAGACGGGGCGGUGUUAACGUCGCAGAAUGAGAGGAAUUUAGACUGUGCUAUAACAUUUCAAACCCACAGUAUAUUACAACGUUUUAUGCUAAGAUUCGAUAGACUUCAAUUGGACUGCAACGAUCAUCUCUACAUUUACGACGGCGCACACGCGGUCGGUAAUUACAAGGCUGAUCUCUCAUGUAGAAAUACGAAGCAAAGUGUGGGUGCUAUUUUUACGAGGACGAAUUUUGUAACUCUCAAAUACGUUACCGACGGUUGGGGAACGGAUUCCAACGGUUUCCGUCUCGUCAUCACGGCAGUAAAGGAUCCCAAGCAUACCUGCAAGGAUUUCAAGUGCAAUUCGAGAGAGUUUUGCAUAGACACCGAUUUGGUUUGCGACGGUGUCAACCACUGCGGAGAUGGGUCCGACGAAGCAACGUCCACGCUUUGCACCAAUACGGAGGCGUCGACCAUCUUUGGUAUGGAAAGAACAUGGUUCGCGGUCGCGAUUGUUUCUACUCUGAUAAGCCUAGCGGGUAUAGUGGCGGGAAUGUUCAUGUGUCUUUGUAAAAGGAGAACAUUAACACCGGGACACGUGCACAGUACUAACAACGCUCAAAAUCAUCCACCUGUCAGCUUUCAAUUGCAACAAAUGUACGGAUCGAACGGUGCAAGUGUGGGAAUGCCCCUCGGUAUGACGACCUUAAAGGGACAUCCGCUACAGGGUGGAAUGCUGGGCGCAACUACCCUUCCGCGGCCGGGAAACUGGCUGCGCCCUGCGGGCCUCAGGCUCGGGCACAGCGCGGCCCGGGUCCGCCUCUACUGCCAGGCAAAGUGAGGAGCCACGGUUCGGACAGUGACAUCUCCUCCAGCCAAAAAGACGAGUGGUUCGUGUAGAGGCGGGCCUGGACCAGAGCCCGCAGGGUGAUCGGACGGUGGUGCCCACACCGUUCGAGACGGGAAUUUUAGAUCCCGUCGAUCUUCCCCAUCAAUGUAUCGUGAUCAUCAUCGUUAUCAUCAACAUCGUCACCGCAUAUAUUCGUGGAGAUCGAGUAAACGAUUUUCGUAUUAUAGAUAGCAAUCGCAUCAUGAUAUCAUCAUCAUCAUCAUCAUCAUUAUCAUCAUCAUCGUUAUUGUCAUUCAUACAAAAUAAUUAUCGAAAGCAUCGAGAAUUUCUGAUGUUCAAUUUCGAAUUUUCAAAUUUCGACAACAGCUCUUUUGGGACAAAAUUGAUAUAGAACAAUAAUUGAAAUAUCUAAAAGGAGCUUAUACAAUAAAAUAUCAAUACGACAUCUGCAUAUCCUAAAAUAAUAAUAAUAAUAAUAAUAAUAAUAGUAAUGAUAAUCAAACCAAAGAAAAAAGAUAAUAAACAUAAAAAAAAGGAAAAGAUCAUUAAUAAUAAAUAAGCAAUCGCGUUUUCAACUCCCGACGACAUUAUAAUAAAAGCGACCAACUUUUACAACCGUUAUAAAAAAAGAAUAAAAUAAAAACUAAAUAAAUAAAUAAGAAUGAAAGGGAGAAAAAAAACGACAAAGAUUCGCACUAUUCCGACAAUAUUCAAACAAACUGCAGCGGUUCGUUUAUUCGUUAAACGAACUUUAUACACGUAAAUGAUAUAUGGUCAUUCUUAUAUAAAAUGAAGAAACAAACAAUAUAAUUGUCCCUCUAUACAUACGUACAUAUUAUUAUACAAAUAAUUAUUAUACCUAAUCUAUAUUAUACUUCAACGAAUAUCGCAGACUGGAGCAGAAGAUGUUUUUAUUAUAAAACUUACUAAAGCUAUACACCACAUAUCUAUAUACCUAAUCUAUAUACAUAUACCUACUUCUACAUAAAUAGAUGUAUCGAGAAAUGCGCAAUUAACAUAUCGAUGACAGGAUUAAGAACAUCAUCAGCAGCCGAUUAUUAUACAUAUAUAUAUAAGUAUGUAUGUAUACCACAUACGCAUAUCCUAUAGUAUACACACGUCACGAAUACGCAGAUGAAUUCACGUUCAUGAAUUUGAAAAAAAAAAAUAAAGAUGGAUGAAUGCAGCGAUGAAUGUUCACAAAUCACGAUCAUGCGGUAGAAUUGCGGUAGAAGUAUGUCAUUUUCGACUCUGUUGCUUGCGAGGUAAUGAUAAAAGAAACAUAAAAUUGAAGAAACCGAAAUGGCGAUAAAAGUCGCCAUUUUAUUCUGUGUAUACUACGAAAGUAUACCAUGCGAAGAACUCUUGGAACAAAUAUCGAUGGCCGCUUGCGUUGCGUUAAGAAAAAUGAUACACGUACACCUAACUGUGCAAACCUAUCACAUUUCCAUACGGUUCUUCUAUUCGUAAUUUUUCCCUCAUCAUAGUUGAACAUGAAAUCAGAGUGACGAUUAUCUAAUAACCAUACGCAUUCCAUUAAUCCUGUUAAUCAUUGAUUCGUUUUUUUUUUUUUAGGUGAUAUGUAUAGUACAAUAACUGACGAUGAUGACGAUAAUAAUCGGUAUGUAUGAAAUACCUAAAUGAUAACAAUAAUAAUAGUAAUAAUAUCAAUGAUAAUAUCGACAAUUACGUUAAUAAUUAUUGUUGAAAUUUCCGAAUGAAUGAUCACGUGAAACCUUUGGAUGCGAUUGAGAAUAAUAAUAAGAUAAUAAAUGAGGAAAAAAAAAAAACAGAAGUAAAAUAAAAAUAAUUACAAGUUUGAAGAGUGCAAAGGCAGCAGCAGCUGAUUAAGCUAAGAUAAAAUUUGGAAAAUAAAGAAAAAUGUCGUCUGAUUCGAUGGUAUGUGUCGCGCUAAUUAGCGAUCAUAAUAACGAUAACAAUAAUAAUAAUAACAAUAUUAAUUCUAAUGAUAAUAGUAAUAAUAGUAAUAAUAGUUAUAAUUAUAACAAUUAUACAACAACAAUAAUGUUAGUGAUAAUAAUAGUAAUAAUAAUAAUACUAUCUAAUAAUAGCCGGAAGUAAAUGACAACGUGAAUUUGAAUAGUAUAAUUAAGGUAAAAAGAGAAGGGAAAAAACACAAAUUAGACGGGGAUAACGACGCCAUAGUGGUGUAUUGUGCCUAAGUGGCCGGCAUGGUUGGAAUAAUAAAAAUGGCGCAUGAUAAGUAUAAUAAUAAUCUUACGGUGUAAUAGAAAUGUUUAAUUAUAGGAAUCAACGAGUAGGAAGAGAAGAUUGAUUGUUCGUUUUUCUCGGUUUUGGAAUCACAUACACGGUUGAAAGGGAAAAAAAGCAAAUCAUGAAAUCAUAAUUAGGUGAAACAGAUAUUACCGUAUCGAACUGUUAUAUAUUUGUGUCACGGUCGAAGAAAACAGAAAUUUUUCAAAAUGAUUUCGUUCGCUUUUUCUACUCAUCUCCCACAAUAUCAAUUAUUAAGUUUAUUCGUACAUUCAUUUCUUGCCUUUUUCCAUCAUGUAAUUAUUCACAUGUGGUGUGACAAUUGAUAUAUCGAUUAUUACAUGUAGAAAUUAUCUGUGCAUGAGUAUCAUAUCAUCGUUAUUGUUAUUAUUACUACUAUUAUUAUCAUUAUCAUUACCAUAUCUUAUUAGAAAGAAAAGGACAAAAAACAUAUCUAGAAUAUUUAUAUCAUUCUUAUAAUAUGAAUAAAUACACUACAAUAUAUACGAUGUAAAAAAUUGGUAAAAGAAACCAAGAAAUCUUGUUUUGAAAGACAUGCAAUAAAGAAUUCAUCGUUAUAGUUGAAAAGUAAAACUUACGUAUUACAUUCAUUUUUUUCACAUUAUACAUAUCAUGAAGUUAAUUUACAAAUAAAAUCAAUGGAAAUAGAAAUAGUAAUUGCAAAAUACUCAUGGCAUAUAGACGUGAACAGAGGAAGAGAAGGAAUUCACGAGAACACGUUGAUUAUUCAUGCGAAGAAAAAAAAAUGAAGAAUUAUUAAUCGUCAUGGCGCAAAGCAUAUAACAUUAUGACAAAACACUACUAAUAAUAAUAUGUAUUUAAUAACUACGGUACGUGAUCAAAUAACGAUAAGAAUAAAAAUAUAAUAUUUAAUAAAAUCAAUAAAUGAUUGCAUAAAAAUGAUAAGCUAACAAUAAUUCUAAUUCUAAUUAUCUGAUAAUAAUAAUAAUAAUUAUUAUUAUAAUAAGGUACAUAAUUAUGAUUCUGAUUAUUAAAUCUAUUGCAGAGUAAGGCUUCGAGUUGGAACUUGGACUUAUAUGAUUAAUACUAUAUCCAGAUUAAUCCGAUUAUUGUUAGUCGGUCACGAAAUCUAGCUGUUGUACUGCCAUAAUAAUUUUGAUGAAGAAAAAGGAAGAAAAAUACAUUGUGAAAAUAAGGAUACCCGAAAAGAGGAUCACAUAGUGUAGAAUUUGCAAGUGAAAAAAAAAAAAAGAAAAUGAAAAAAAAAAAGAAGAAGUAAGAGUAAUAUUUUGACUCGUUGAUGAGGAAAGAUUUAUGAACUAUUUAAGAAUUAGACGUAGGAAUAGGAGACAGACGUGUUAAGGGUUGUUUCAACAUACAUGGGGUCUGAUCAUAUAUGGGUAGUUCAUAGGUAAUGACGACGAGGUCGGGGCAGAGAUCGAUAUACGCAUUAUCUAUAUCGCACUGUAUUUAUUAGGGUGGUCUUUGAUUGGCUUGCGAAAUUUGGAAUCUCAUGUAAUAUUCAGAGUUUGAACGAGGCGAGCGAGAAAAAAUUCUGGGUAGACGUCACUCGUGAAAACCUUCAGCUUGUUAAUCGUAUAUACUGCAUGGGUUUUGAGGUGAAGAUGAAUCGGAAGAGAAAAGAAAAUCAAAAACUCAUCCACCCCGUUGUUCGAGAAGCUGAAAGUUUGGGUCUGAAGCUCCUGUGCGAAUACGAUCGAAUGAAAAUUUCGUCUUUCGCUAAAUCAUUGAAAUUCUGCCCAAUAAACGCAUCGCAUAUCAUUGGGAUAUAUUUAAUGUGUACAUAUCACGUAUUAUUAGAAAUAAUUUGCCACUCAGCGCGUGCAGAGGAAUAAAAAAUAUUGUUGAGGAAAAAAAUGAACAAAUAAAUAAUAGAAAACAGAAAAAAAAAGAAAUAGCAUGUGCAUACCAGGUUCAACAAAACGAAAAAAAAAAAAAAACAAUGACAAAGAAACGCGUGCAAUUAAUUUAUGGCAGUAUCAGAUUAUUUCACUUUUCACACCGUGCGAUAAAUGUAUAAGUAUACAUAAACAUAAUUCAUCAUCGUGUACAUAAUGAGCUACACGCAGUCUGUGUAUAGGUGUAUAUUACAUUACCGUUUCAUUAUUCAAUGUGCAGUAGACUAAAAUUAAUUUAAUGUCCAUACACGCUGAUGAAUAAUUGUCUAUGUAUGUUCUAUGAUGUUUGUAUGAUACAGAAAAAAAAAAACUUAAAAAAAAAUCAUAUUCACGCAUCAUUUACAAUUCACAGUAAACACAUACGGUGCACACGUAUACAUGCUAAACACAUAUGUACUUAUAAUACACAUACUAUACCCUUCCCUGUAUGUUAAAUGUACAAAGGAUUUUACACGUGACUAUGUAUAUUAAUAAUAAUAAUAAAAAUAAUAGUAGUAACGAUAAUAACGUUAUCGCUAAAACCGUCUGACGAUAAAGAAAAUCCCUUCACAAAUCUGUUCAACCGAGUAAAACUCACUCGUAUUACAGAAUAUACCUGUAUCGGUGCAUCGGGCCCCUCACGAUUAUUAUGCGACUACGUGAAAAUCACUAAAUACGUAACAUGAAAAAAGUAAAAAGAAAAGGAUCAAAGAGAAAACAAAAAACUCAUAAUUGACAAACUAAUUUCACAAGUAUCGAGCACUUGCUGUUAGUUGUUUUUUAUUCUCUUCCCAUAGCCGACAUUUUCAGGUUUUUUUUUUCAUCUAUCCGAGAGAGUAACGAGAUAGGUAGAUCGUUAUUGAAAAAGUUAUGAUGAAUAAUGAUAAUGAUGAUAAUUCCAACCUCUCUUAAGAUUUGCCUGGUGUAUGAUUGAGAAAUUUUCUUGUAUUUGCAAACUCAUAGUAUCGAGGAAUUCAAAAGGUAUGAAUGCUCGACAAAUAUGUAGAAUCUGGUACAAUUUCUUUCUUUUUUCUCUGACGCACGAUAAAUGUGAAAAAUGUAAUUAUCAUUAUCCUCGUUAUUACUUCAUGGAAAAAAGGUCGUUAUAAUUUAAUCAUAACUCACGUUUAAUGUAAUAGAAUUUCAUCUCGGACAUUAUGUAUAGUUGUGCAUACCUAAUAAUAUUAAAAUAUAUCUGUAAAUAAUUAGGAAAAUCUAUAAAUUUGCCUUUGCAAAUAAUAUACAACAUAUGUAUAUAUUAUAUUAUAUAUAACGCGUAUAUAUAAUAUAAUGGCAAAAAACAAUAUAUCUAUACCACAUAGAAAUGAAGAUGAAAUAUAUCCACGUCGUAAUAAUAAUGCGAAUGAAGAUAAUAAUAAGAUGAUUAAUAAUAACAAUACUAAUAAUACUAAUAAUACUAGUAAUAAUAAUGAUAAUAAUAACAAUAUGAGAUGAAAAAGAUAAUAUUAACGCAUAUGUGUAUCGUUAUGUCGCAUCAUUAUACCAUAUAAUUAAAGCAGAGCGGUGAGAAAAGUUGUGGAGAAAAAAAAUAACGUGGUAGAAUUUGAAAACAAAAUAUAACAUAUUAGCUGAAUAAUCGUGUAUGAUGUAUUAUACACUAGAGUGCCGUCUAUCGAUUAGUAUAAUACGUUCACUAGAGCUAGAAACAAAUUAUCAUCGAUUUAUAAUACACAAAUAUAAUAUAAAAAUUGCACCAUCGAACGAUGAUCGUGUACGAUAUUAAUGUGUUGUAAAAAAAAUAAAAAGAUUAAAUAAAUAAAAUGAUAAUCUGUGUCAAAAGUUCCAUUGUUAUAAUUAUAUGUAUACAUAAUACAUGUACACAUACAGUAUGCAUAUACAUUAUACGUAAAAAAUGAAUUCAUUAAAUUAUCGUCUGAGAAAUUUAAUGGGCACAUAAAUGGCGACUCUUAAGACCAAGAAAAAAACCGGAAUUAAGGAAAUCAAAUAAAUAAUUCCCACAAUA